GUCUCCGGGCGGUGUGGGAGGUGGCCGCCAUUUUGUGCAGGAGAGCGGCUCCGAGGCGGUUUUCGGGGCGGGCUCCGCGCGGGCGGGCAGCGGCGGCCGCGGUUCCCAAGGGCCCGUUGUGUGUGUCCGCGCCGUGGGACGGACAGAAGUCGUGGGACUUCUCUGUUGGAACUUCUGUGCCGAGAAUCCAAUGUUGGGCUCGGCUCCCUGGCUGAACACAGCAGAUCAGCCCAUGAAAACUUACAUUUGUAGCCCAAGGAAGGAGUCCAGUGAAAGGCAGCACCUGCUCUUUCAGGCUUGGAAGCAAGAAAGGGGGCAAGAGUUGGAGAGUGUGGAAUCUGAGAAGACAACUGAAAGGUGACAUUUAAGUUGAAGAUGGGUGGUGGAGAAAGGUUCAACAUUCCAGUUCCCCAGUCUAGAAAUACCACGAAGAACCAUCAACAACUUAAAAAACGGCAGAAGAAUAAAGACCAGAAUUCACAGGUGAAGACCUGUAUGAAGAAAGAAAGAGGGUAUGGAUGCAACUCGUCAUCUGGUGCAUGGCAGGCCAUACAAAAAGGGGGAAAGAACAAUAUUCAUUUCUCUGAUAAUCAGAAUUGGAGCCCUGCUUUAUCAAAUCGCAAGCUGUUUUUUGCACCUCAAACCAAUCAGAACUAUGCUGGGGCAAAGUUCAGUGAGCCACCUUCACCCAGUGUUCUUCCUAAGCCACCCAGCCACUGGGUACCUGGUUCUUAUAAACCCUCUGAUAAAGAAAUAAUGACAUUUCAGCUUAAAACAUUGCUUAAAGUCCAGGCUUGAGAUGUAACUUUUGAUGUUUUUAAAGUUAUUUAAAUUUCCAGGGUUUCAGAUUAGAGAAUCGUUAUUUCUGACCCCAGAUGCACAGAACUUGCUGCAUGUAGUCAGUUAC